GCUUUCUGCCAUCCUGGGCGCUAGAGGGAAUUGCGCUGCAAUUCAUUCAAUUAUUUCUCAGUCUCAAUAGAUGACAAACCCCUUGCCCUUACCUCUGAUUUAAGAGAAAGCCACAGAUGGCUCCCUGCAGAGCGAGGACUGGGCUCUCAACAUGGAGAUCUGUGACAUCAUCAACGAGACGGAGGAAGGUCCCAAAGAUGCCCUCCGAGCAGUAAAGAAGAGAAUCGUGGGAAAUAAGAACUUCCACGAGGUGAUGCUGGCUCUCACAGUCUUAGAAACCUGUGUCAAGAACUGCGGGCACCGCUUCCACGUGCUGGUGGCCAGCCAGGACUUCGUGGAGAGUGUGCUGGUGAGGACCAUCCUGCCCAAGAACAACCCACCCACCAUUGUGCAUGACAAGGUGCUCAACCUCAUCCAGUCCUGGGCUGACGCGUUCCGCAGCUCGCCCGAUCUGACAGGUGUGGUCACCAUCUAUGAGGACCUGCGGAGGAAAGGCCUGGAGUUCCCCAUGACUGACCUGGACAUGCUGUCACCCAUCCACACACCCCAGAGGACCGUGUUCAACUCAGAGACACAAUCAGGACAGGAUUCUGUGGGCUCUGACGCCAGCCAGCAAGAGGACUCUGGCCAGCACACUGCCCCUCUGCCCACCCCGCCCAUGCUCUCCGGCGACACACCCAUAGCACCAACGCCGGAGCAGAUUGGGAAGCUGCGCAGUGAGCUGGAGAUGGUGAGUGGGAACGUGAGGGUGAUGUCGGAGAUGCUGACGGAGCUGGUCCCCACUCAGGUCGAGCCUGCAGACCUGGAGCUGCUGCAGGAGCUCAACCGCACGUGCCGAGCCAUGCAGCAGCGGGUCCUGGAGCUCAUCCCUCAGAUCGCCAAUGAGCAGCUGACAGAGGAGCUGCUCAUCGUCAAUGACAAUCUCAACAACGUGUUCCUGCGCCAUGAACGGUUUGAACGGUUCCGAACAGGCCAGACCACCAAGGCCCCAAGUGAGGCUGAGCCGGCAGCUGACCUGAUCGACAUGGGCCCUGAGCCAGCAGCCACCGGCAACCUCUCAUCCCAGCUGGCAGGAAUGAACCUGGGCUCCAGCAGUGUGAGAGCUGGCCUGCAGUCUCUGGAGGCCUCUGGUCGACUGGAAGAUGAGUUUGACAUGUUUGCGCUGACACGGGGCAGCUCACUGGCUGACCAACGGAAAGAGGUAAAAUACGAAGCCCCCCAAGCAACAGACGGCCUGGCUGGAGCCCUGGACGCCCGGCAGCAGAGCACUGGCGCGAUCCCAGUCACCCAGGCCUGCCUCAUGGAGGACAUCGAGCAGUGGCUGUCCACUGACGUGGGGAAUGAUGUGGAAGAGCCUAAGGGGGUCACCAGCGAAGGUAAAUUUGACAAAUUCCUGGAAGAACGGGCCAAAGCCGCGGAUCGAUUGCCCAACCUCUCCAGCCCCUCAGCUGAGGGGCCCCCGGGUCCCCCACCUGGCCCAGCACCCCGGAAGAAGACCCAGGAGAAAGAUGAUGACAUGCUGUUUGCCUUAUGAGUGUGGGGUCUGGCACCCUGCAGCCCAGGUCCCCACUGCUCUCACACCCUUAGGCUGGGACCUCCCUCCCUCCUCUGGUGUCAAGGCUGCUUUGGGGGUGGCUCGUUACCCCCUUUUUCUCCUCUUUGAAGAUGGAGCUGCCUCAGCUGCGGCUGGGGGUGUGGAGGCAGUGGGAUGAACUGGGGACAGGUCUGCACUGCAGUGGGGUCUGGCUGCUCUGCCUCCUUUCCCACCCCAGCUGACCAUGAGACUUUGCUAAGAAGUGGAGGCCCCAGGACAGGCUGGCUGGCUGGCUGACCCAGUGUGACUCUCCUUCACUGAGUGAUACCCUGCUCCGGGCCCAUGCCCCAUGGAGCCCUUCAGAGCCCACACUGCCAGUCGAGGCCUGGCUGGAAGCUGGCCACAGUGGAGAUUGUGCCGAGCCUGCUGUCCAUUCCCCGCUCUGCUGCGUGGGGCCCCAUGGCUUUGGCUGGCCAUCAAGGGCAGGGUGUGGAGGUGUGGAGACCCUCUGAGGAGCUGCGGCGGCCCAGGUACGAAGCUGCAACUCUGCACGCAGUGGGCGAGAUCUCACCAGCCCCAGGCUGCAGGUGAGGCUUCAGGGGCCGCUGGGGCCCCACUGCCCCUCCACUGCCUUGUCCUCCAUCCUUCCUCUGUUCCUUCUGGCCGGGCACCACAGCACUGGGGCUCACCUCUUGGUUGAUCCUCUUGUACUGGGAGGGGUGCCUUUUGUGUCCCCAAUUAAAGGUAGAAAACUACCCUGCUAGCA